CUUUGAUUUCGUAGAAUCGUUUUCGAUUUUGCUGCUGCGUGCUAAAGAGGGCUAGGGUUUCGUUGUCUCGGCGGUCCUUCUGUUUUCCCCUCUUCUGGAAUAAUUCGCCUCUUUCUUGGUUGAUUUGAGCCUUUUGGCUCGUCGAUCCGAUAGAUCUUGAAUACUUAAAAAUGAGUCGUCCUCAUGAAGCACAGCGGCCCUUCUUCCCUUUUGGGAAGAAUCCUUUUCGGAUGUUAUCGCCAAAGAGUUCUCAGUUAUCAUCGAAACUUCUUGCAGUAUUGAACAAUUUUGAGGAAACAUUGGCAGAGAGAUUUAGAAAACUUGACCCAAAAGAGACAGGUCAUGUGCUUAGCUUAUCAUGGAUGGAAUUGGCUAUGAAGUCACUUUGUGAAACCCAUAGUGACGUACAAAAUUUAAUCACUGCACUUGAGCUUCCUGUAUGUGAUUGGGAGGACAAGUGGAUGGAUGUAUAUCUCGAUAUCAGUGUGAAGCUUCUUGAUAUAUGCAAUGCCUUCAGUUCCGAGAUCUCACGCCUGAACCAAGGCCGUCUUAUGCUCCAAUGUGCUCUCCACAAUCUGGAAUCCUCAUCCUCCGAACAAUUUGUCCGUUCUAGUUCUUCCCUUGACCGUUGGGGACAGCACAUCAGCUCGAGGAACCCCAGGUUUGAGAACUGUGGCAGUAUACUGGAGAGUCUGAUGGAGUCUCUCGAUUUACCCAAGGUUAAAAACUCAGCCAAAGGGAAAGUUCUGAUGCGUGCCAUGUAUGGAGUUAAGGUGCAGACUUUAUUUGUUUGCAGUGUCUUCGUUGCCGCCUUCUCUGGCUCGGUCAAGAAACUGUUUGAGCUGAGUGUUUCUGACACAUAUCUGUGGGGCCUGGCCUUCUCUAAUUUGCUGACAAGUGUAAAUAGUAGCAUUAGAAAUCGACCUUCUAGUGGUAGAAUGGCCAUCUUCAAGGAGCUGGAAGCUGUUGAUGCAAAUGUCAAGAAGUUGUCCCCACUGAUCCGGUCUGGGGAGGGCACAGUUGAAGAGGAAUCUGUCCGAAGCUCGGUUUCCAAUUUACACAGGAGCGUUGAUUGUCUUUCGCAGGGACUGGAUCUUCUUGAAAGGGAAGUGGAUGGCUUCUUCCAGAUAGUCUUAACCGGGCGUGAUGCUUUGCUGUCUAACCUUAGGGCUAACUGUCCAGCUUCUGCGCAAAUGCAAAAAAACAAUGUUGAGCGAUAGUUUUUUAGGUACUUGUAGACUUUCUUACAAAAAUCAACAUAUGUGUUGUGUUAUCUUAUCGGUGAGAGUAUGUAAGACUUUAUGUUGUGGACUUAUAACGCGUGGUGUGAGUGUCAUGUAUGCUGUGCUGCUUCUAGAUCAGUUUGUCCCGUGUGCUGUAACUUUUCCUGAUGUAAGGUAUAUAUGUAAAAAUUUCCAGUGCAAUGCUG